AUGAUUAAAGUUACACACGCUCUACGGGUUGAAUUGAAUAUCAGCGACAGAUCUUCAACAAAUAAUAGCGAAGAAAGUAUUAGCAAGGAAAGUGAAAGUGAAGAAAAAGUUGAAAAUAAUAAUCGAAAAUCAAAAAAAAGAAAAACAUUGCAUUGGACAAAGAGAAACUUUGUAACUCCAGCUGCUGAUUUCGGCGACAACUUAUCACCACCACCUGACAAUGACGAACUAGAACCAAUUGAUUAUUGUCAUUUUAUGUUUGGCAAACAGUCCAUAUCACUUUUGACAAAUCAAUCAAACUUAUAUUCUGUUCAAAAAGAUCCUAACAAACCGAGCAACGUUUUUUUUUGGUCAAGUACUACGCGUGUAGAAUGUAUAUCAUCAGUUAUGAGUCGAGAUAGAUUUUUAGAGAUAAAAAAAUAUUUACAUGUUGCUGAUAACUCAGUUCAGCUAGAUAGAGACGAUCCGAAUUUUGAUCGAGCUCAUAAAGUUCGGCCAUUAUUGAAUAUCAUAAAAGAGAACUUCAGAACAAUUUCAAAGGAAGAAAAAUUAAGUGUUGAUGAACAAAUAAAACCAUUUAAAGGUAGAAGCAUAAUGAAACAGCAUAUGCCAAAUAAACCAAACCGUUGGGGUUAUAAAAUGUUUCUUUUAGCUGGUGGAGAAAGUGGCAUUUGCUAUGAUUUCGUCUUUUACACCGGCAAAGGAAAUAAACAGGAGCAUGGAUUUUGUACAGACAUUGUUCUGGAUCUUUGCGAAACGGUUCCACGUUUUAUAAACCAUAAAUUAUAUUUUGACAAUUAUUUUACAACUAUUCGUUUACAAGUAGAGUUGAAAAAAUUAGGUAUUUUUUCAGUUGGUACAGUAAGACCAAAUCGAUUGCUUUAUCUAACUAUGAAAACUGCCAAAGAUUUAUCAAGUAAUGGUAGAGAAGCGAUGGAUCAUCGUGUCACUGAGGUUGAAGGUGUUGAAUUAUGUGUUACACGGUGGUAUGACAAUAAUGUUGUUAAUUAUCUGUCUACAUUGCAUGGUUGUCAACCGAUUGACUCGGUGCAACGAUGGUCAUCGAAAGAAAAAACACAUGUUCUCAUAGCACGACCUAAUGUCAUAAAAGCAUAUAAUGAGCAUAUGGGAGGAGUCGAUUUAGUCGACAUGUUAAUUUCGUUGUACCGUAUAAAUGUUCGCUCCAAAAAAUACUAUAUAAAAAUCAUAUUUCAUCUUAUAGAUUUAUCAGUGGUAAAUGCGUGGCUGUUGUACCGACGCCACUGUUCACAAUUAAAACUUCCGCAAAAGAAUGUUAUGUUUUUAUUAUCUUUUCGUAUUAACGUUGCUAGCAUUUUGCUUAAAUCAAGUCCACCAUCACCGCCGAUUAUAAAACGUGGUCGACCAUCAUUAGAAUCACGAGCAAAAUUGAAUGAAAACCAAUCUACAAAUACUUUACGAACUGCACCUACUCCUAUUCCACAUUCAAGUACUCGAUUUGACAAGUUUGAUCAUUGGCCUAUCACCACAUCAAAAGGUCGUUGUCGAGAUUAG